CCCUCCUCUCCGGCACUAUCUUCUCGUAUCCAACACGACAUGCGUCCCUCCUCAUAGUGUACACGCCCUAGCCACCCCCGAUGCCUCCAAAACGCCGCAACAACCGCUCCGCUGCGCACGGAGAGUCGUCCAGCAGCCGCCAAGGUGCCUCCGACGACUUUGUCCCGCGCCCAAAUGUAGGACCUGGAUACAUGACUGUCGGUGGCGGCAACACCACCAGCGAUGCCGCCGCCCGCCUCGUUUCGAUGCUCGAUGAAGACUCCGGAUACGGCGGGAGUGUGCAGGAUGGAGAAGGCUCUGGCAUGAAUUGGCGCUCCAACAUUGGCGAAGACAGGCCCUCGCCCUCACCAGUGCCCAUACUCGCGGGCGGAUCAGGUAAUGCCGAGCAGGAGAAACAGCGCAGCCAUGUCCUGCAGCUGCGGUACAACCAGAACAAAAACGCCCUCGGUCGCGCAAUCCACGGCACCAUCGAAGCCCUCAAAAGUUUUCAAGAAAUGAACCUCAAAUGGCCCGCACACUACCCCUCCAUUCAGGCUGCAGAGAAGCAAAAAGCACAUUUGCGCAACGAUUCCCGGCCUGGAUUGCACCACACGCAGUCGGCAGUCGGCGACUUUGACCCCAGCUCCCGCUCUCCCGAACGCCCACGAGGCCCGCGACGCGCAGGUACAACCAUUGGAGACGACCCCGUCGCCGAGUCUAGCUCCGCAGCCGAGGCCAAGCGCAGGGAGGAGCCGCGAUUGGUGACGCCCCAACUCGCCCACGACUUCUCCGUGUUGAAGUUGGAACUGCGCAUGGGUGGGCGGACACAGACAGAUUUGGUUCAUUCGCUGGAAAAGAACUCUGUCGCUUCCCUUCUGGACGGACAAAUUCAGCAAAGCAUACGCCACCUGUUUCUUCUCAAGGAGCGUAUCGAAGACACCUCAAGCAAAGUCUUGGUCACGGGUGACUUGAACGCUGGAAAGUCUACCUUCUGUAACGCCCUGCUCCGACGGAAGGUUCUCCCGGAGGAUCAGCAGCCUUGCACAAGUAUAUUCUGUGAGGUCCUCGACUUUAGAGAGAACGGUGGCGUUGAAGAAGUACAUGCCAUUCCUAUUGGAUCAACAUACAACCGCAACGAUGAAAGCACCUACGUCGUGUUCGGCCUCAACGACCUGGAAAAGAUUGUAAUCGACAACGAUCACUUCUCGCAGUGCAAGGUCUACGUCAAAGAUAUCCGCGAUGUGGAUGAAUCUCUGCUGAACAACGGCGUAGUUGACAUUGCCCUCAUUGAUGCACCAGGACUCAACGCCGACUCGAUCAAGACCACAGCCGUCUUUGCCCGCCAAGAAGAGAUUGACGUUGUUGUGUUUGUCGUUUCGGCAGCCAACCACUUUACUGAAUCUGCAAAGAACUUUAUCUUCACAGCAGCUCGCGAGAAGGCUUACAUGUUUAUGGUAGUGAACGGCUUCGAUACCAUCAGGGAUCAGAGGCGCUGUCAGGAAAUGAUCUUGAAGCAGGUCAACAGCCUCAGCCCAGCAACCUUCAAGGAAUCCAGCGAAUUGGUGCACUUCGUCUCGAGUAACGCAAUUCCCAUGGGUGCUAGUAACCCUCCAGAUGACAACGGCGACGACGACCCGUCGGGCAAGGGCAAGGGUAAAGAGGCGGAAAAGCUGCGGGACUUUGCCGACCUCGAGGCUUCCCUAAGACGCUUCGUCUUGGAGAAGAGGGCCCGGUCAAAGCUAGCGCCAGCCAAGACAUAUCUCCUCAACGUGCUCGGAGACAUGCACAACCUGGCCACUAUCAACCGAGAUGUCUCGCAGAACGAACUGGACCGUGUCAACAAAGAGAUUGAGGCGCUUGAGCCCGAGUUUGAAGAAUCAAAGAAGUCGCGAACAGAAGCUGGGGAAGCGGUGGAUCGCAUGGUGGAAGACACAACUUCGGAGGUCUACGGCCACACCCGUGACACUCUCAACGACUGUAUUGCCAAGGUGGCGGAUCUAGACCUGGGCAUCGAAUACCCCGGACUCUUCUCAGCAUACCAGUACGCCGAAGAUAUUCGCGACUCUAUGCUGCACGAGGUUACCGAAAGUGUACGCAUUUGCGAAGAGUAUGCACGAAACCAAGCUGUGCAGGGCUACAACGGCAUCAAGAACUUGGGUGUCCUGCAUCUCGGCAACAACUUGUAUGCUGAUGUCAUGUUCCGCCCGGAACGAAUGUUCAGGAAGUCGGUGCACGCCCUGGCCAGACAAGUGGACAUUGAUAUCGACUUGUGGGACUUUUUCGACCUAACAGGCCUUUGGGAACGACAAGAAAAGGCUGCGGGUGCCGGUAUGGCUAUGACUGUUGCAGGUGUAGUCGGAGGCAGACUAGUUGGCGGCGUUGGAUGGGUAGACGGUGCCCUGGGCGCCGCUAAGAUCAUGGGCACAAGCAACAUCAGGAGACUCUUGAUCCCCGGUCUCAUCGCUGGUGUUGCCCUUGGAGUAUCCUAUGUCCUCGCUUCAGUGCCCAAGUCACUUCCCCAUCGCCUCAGCGCAAAGCUUUCUCAACAACUGGCAGCGAUCGACUACACGCACUCGAAUGCUCUUCGCAUCAGUUCCGAGGUUCGACGCGCGCUCAAGGGACCUGCCAACGAUGUCCGGAUUGGCUUGCAGAGGAACGUCGAGAAACUUCAGCUUCAGAAGGAGGAGACGAGCAAGAUCAAAGCUGAGACCGAGGUGGCUCGCAAAUACUUUGGCAAUCUUGUGCGCAACAGCAACGACUUGCGCCAGACAGUCCAGCGUGUUGAUCUGGAGGCUGCGCCACCAGUCGUUGGAGGACCGAUGCAGGAUCCCCGGUCUUUUCUCUUCUUCAUCAUCCUGCUGCUUCUCAUCAACUCGCCGGAACCGCAGCAGCCAACGUUUAAUGCGCGCACACGAUUCCGGGAACUGAUUGACCGCGAAUACUACCAGCUCGACGUACUGAAUCGAACGCGAUAUGGCGACUUUGAUGCGAAGAAGAACAAGUGGCUGAACAUUACUGGGCUGCGAGAUGAAGAUGGGUUUGCAUGGGAGCUGCUGGAGCCUGUGAGACAGAGAGCCAAGGCGCAGUCGGAGCACAUCCUGGGCGAGAGAUGGAAGGGCAUGCUGGAUGGGUCUUUUGGGGAGGGAGAAGCUAUUAUGCCCGUGUACAAGAACCUCUCUGGCUAUGUACAGGGCGAGUGGACGCGCUCGCCUCUCAGUCGCAUGCGGCACCCCGAGGACAUGGGCAACGCCUCGGCCAUGCCCAGCAAUGGUUUUGGCAACGCGGCCGAGUUCGACAGGAACAUUACCGGAGCGGGUGGGUCUUUGCGCCUGCACAUCACGGAGCUGGAAGACAAGAUGCGAAGGAACGAAAACAAGACCAUAUCUGAGAUUAGCGCCAAAGUAAUUAUUGGCGACCAUGAUAGCUUUGGGGGCAACUGGUGGGAAUUUUUGGUGCACGGGGUGCACUUCUUGAAGAGUGGGACCGCCGUCUUGACGACGACGAGUGACCGGUUCGCAGGCAUCUUUGCUCUUCCGCAUAUGCAGAUAUCACCGUAUCUAUACUCGACAUCACAGGAAUUCCUCAACUGGACGAUACACGAGACGAUUGAGCGACAGGAAAAACGGACGUUUGCCUUGUGGAACCCGUGGACGUCUGCAGCGGACGGGUCCAACGAAGGGCUGUUCCAAGGCCGGCAUUGCGAGUUUGUCUUUUACCUGCAGGAGUUUCCCAGCGAGUACAACAUGGACAUGGACUGGCUUGAGCACGAGCUCAGAUACCCGACCGGGGCUCCCAUACCGCGGCAAGUGUCGCACACCAUGUCCAUGGUGGGCUUUUCCCCCGACUGUGGGCUUGUUGUCGAGUCAAAGGGCCCUCCGGACUUUGCGCCGUCGGAAGCUAUGCACCUGGUUGGGUCCAAGACGGAAGUGUUCAACGUGCGGGCAAGACACAGCAUUAUCGCAUUCGCGAUUAGCCUGGCGUUGCAGCUCUGGUGUACCAUGAAGCAGAUGAAAGAGACUGCAACACCGUCGAUGCGCAGCCGCGUCAGCUUCUACACGAUUGCCAUGAUGGCUGUGGGCGAUGGGUUUACAUUUCUGAUUCUCAUCUUCAUGUAUCUUUUCCUGGGGACUGCACAGCUGGCUCUGUACAGCAUCGCGUUCAUAGCGCUCUUCUCGGUGCUCACGCACCUUCGGUUCUUGAUGGAUAUCUGGUCUGUGCAAGCUGCAGAGAGAGCGCGUCAAGAGCGGCAACAAGCGUCGGCAGCUGCGAGUUCAACACGGCCAUUGCGUACUGCGACGCCAGCAGCCCCUCGCGAAGAAGGACUGCCAUUGCCAGCGACUGCAGCGCGGCCACGCCCCCCUACGCCGAUCAUCAUUGCCCCGGACCAGGAUGACGCGGACGAAGAUGACGCAGCUCCUAAUAACAAUACGACAGCAGGCAACGCAAACGCAAAUCCGCGCGCCGAACUCGGGGCGCUGUACAGCCGCUUCUGUCUGAUGCUGAUUGUGCUGUUCUUCAUCACAAUUCAGUUUGCGACGGCGCGCACAACGUACCGCACCAUCUACUUUGACAUUGUGUCGUUUGUGUACCUAUCGUUUUGGGUACCGCAGAUUUAUCGCAACACGAUGCGCAACUGCCGGCGGGCGCUGCGGUGGGACUAUGUUUGUGGGACGAGCGUGGCGCGGAUUGCGCCUGUGGCGUACUUUUACAUGAAAGAAGACAAUGUGCUGUUUGCAAAGACGGACUGGAGGGCCAUGGGGGUGUUGGUGGGGUGGGUGUGGGUGCAAGUGGUGGUGCUGGCCAGCCAGGAGAUGCUAGGAGCGAGAUUCUUUGUCAAGGAUGGAUGGGCACCGCCGGCGUACGACUACCAUCCGAUCCUCCGCGAGGACGAAGAGGGAGCGACGAUGCCGCUGAACAUGACGAGUUCCAGCGACUCGGCGACGGCGCUGGAUGCGUCGUCGUCGUCGUCGGCGGCGGCGGCGGCGGCGGCGGGGCAGGCGGAAGGCGAGGCGACCAAGGGGUCGGGCGAGUCCAAGACCAAGGGCAAGAAGGUGUUUGACUGCAGCAUCUGCGCCAACGACAUUGAAGUGCCCGUGGUGGCGGCAGGGGCGGACGAAAACAGCAUGACGGGCAUGGGGGGCACGAGCAUGAUUCUGCAACGACGCCAGUACAUGAGAGAGUCUGCCGCCGCUGUAGUGUGAGUGUGUGUGUAUGGAUAUUGCAUGUAGGCGUAGGGCGCAUGGAGUGUGGAUGUAGGUAAGUAGGGGGGGGCUGGCUGAGGGGGCACGUGAGCAUGUGUGCACGUGACAUGGAUAGACAGCAC